AUGGAAGAGGACAAUGAUGUCCUGAGGAGCAAGAGAAUGGUGAUAAAUUUGGGCAGCGCUUCUGAGCUGGCCUUCAUUAAAGAGCCUCAUGAUGUCAUUGCUGUAAGGGACCGCCCCUUGAUGCUGGACUGUGAGGUGGAGGGAGAAGGCCCUAUUACUAUUACCUGGCGGAGGAAUGGUGUACCUAUUCAGGUGGGCCCCAGAGUGGCCGUGUUAAGCAAUGGCAUGCUCCUAAUCCGAAACUUCCAGAAACGACGCGAGAGCAAUGAGACGGAUGCCGGAGAGUAUGACUGUGCUGCACAGAACCGCUAUGGCAUGCUGAUCAGCCGUAAGGCACGAGUGCAGUUUGCAUCUCUUCCCAAGUUUCACACCCACCCAGAGUCCAUGGCAGUGGAUGAAGGAGGGGUGGCACGCCUCCACUGUGCCAUAAAUGGAAUCCCUGAGGCUAGCAUCAUGUGGGAGAGGAACAGAACCAUACUCAGCACAGAUAAUGACAGGUAUACUCUCUUGCCCAAUGGAAUUCUGCAGGUUACUGGUGUGCGUCAUGAAGACAGUGGAGUGUAUCGCUGUGUAGCCAAAAACAUUGCUAACACACGUUAUAGUCACGAAGCCUUGCUCACUGUGACUGUGGCAGCACCUCGUACCUAUAAGGAGCCAGUUAUUCUCUCAGGUCCUCAAAAUCUCACCAUCAACAUCCACCAGACUGCCAUCUUAGAGUGCAUUGCCACAGGCAACCCCCGACCGAUUGUGUCCUGGAGCAGGCUGGAUGGACGUUCUAUUGGAGUGGAGGGGAUCCAGGUGUUGGGCACGGGUAAUCUUAUGAUCUCCGACGUUUCCCUACAGCACUCUGGAGUAUACGUGUGCUCAGCCAACAGACCCGGAAGCAGGAUGAGACGUACCGCGUUGGGUAGACUGGUCGUACAAGCCCCACCUGAGUUCCUGCAGUGGCCACAAUCUGUGUCUAAACCAGUAGGGGGCAGCGCAGUGUUUACCUGCCAGGCUCAGGGAGUCCCAGAGCCUCACCUCAUCUGGCUGAAAAAUGGCAAGAUCCUCACUCCUGGAAACAACGUCAAACUUACCAACAACAACAGCACUCUGGCUGUGACCCGGAUCACUGCUGAGGAUGAGGCCAUCUAUCAGUGCAUAGCAGAGAACAGCGCCGGCACCAACCAGGCCAGUGCACGCUUAGCUGUGUCCCAAUCUCCUGAGAAUCCGCUUCCUGAAGCUCCACAGGACCUGACAGCGACACCGCUCACACACACAUCCCUGCAGCUCAGCUGGAACCAGCCUGAAAGCCACGUGACUGAAAACAUCAUCGGCUACGUCCUGCACAUCCGCAUGCUUGGUGAGCCAGACAGUAAAGAGCUCCAGGAGGCUGUGAGUAAGGACACAUUCCAGCAUGAGUUUAAUAAUCUGGAACCAGCAACCACUUAUUCCAUUUACCUCAAAGCUUACUCUCCUCUGGGGGCCAGCCAGAAGUCCAACACUGUCAUUGCCACAACACUAGGGGGCGUUCCCACCAUGCCCAAUUUCUUCACUAAAGUUCUGAACAGCACGGCAAUGCAGAUUUAUUGGGAACUGCCCAGUAAACCAGGGAAGCUGGAAGGAUUUAAACUGUCGCACCGUGUCGUGCCUCAGGAGCAGUUUGGUCCAGAGGACCUCUUCCCCAGCCACAUCAACACACACACCAUCUCACACCUUGAGCCAGCAGCUGUGUAUGAGAUCCAGCUGGUCGCGUUUAAUGGGAACGGAGACAGCAUCGGCAAUAAGCGCCUUGUCUCUCUGGCAGAGAAUGGAACAGGAGACAAGAACAGCGCUGGAGGGCAAAGCAUGUGUAACUGCAGGCAGGAUGGAGAGAGCUCUGUAACUGGCAUAGUGGUUGGCAUCCACAUUGGAAUGGCCUGCAUCAUCUUCUGCGUGCUGUUCCUCAUGUUCGCAUACCGCCGCAGCUCAGUUUGUAGAAAGGGCACCCAGGAUGACUGGACAGUACCACAGAGAGGAGCAGGACCACUGGGAGACACAGUGCCUAAAGAGGGAGUGAUACGCACCACUGAGGCUAUUGAGCUAAUACCACAGCCUCAGAGUAGCUCUGCAGUGAGCCAGCCUGCAGGGGCACACUGCCAUGUUCUCAUUGAGCAACAAGCCAACUGCCAACAAGGCACAAGCAUGAGUACAGACACUGGCACAGGCUAAGGAUAACCCCUUACACCCUGUUUUCUACCCUUCUACCCUUCAAAGUGCAGUGCUUGGCCACUCCAUUUCACACUAUUCACCAAAGCCUUAUUCCAACCUGCCCAUUGCAACCUUUACCACAUUCACAUUUUAGUAAUAAUUCUGAUUUAAUGUUCUUGUUACAAACACUUUAAUUUUCAUUAUUCUAAUUUUACAGAUAAGAAAGGGCAAUUACUGAUUAUGUUGGUUCUCCAGUUUCUUUACAUAAGAAUUUAUAAAGGUGGACCAAAAUAAAGUAGAAAAAAAUAUAGUAGAAAACUGCCAAACUGAAAAUUCUGAGGCCUUAGCAUGACUGAACAGAUACUGUAGAUUCCUAUUUUAUGUGAUGUUUAUGAGUACAUAGCAUAAUAGUAGAAUUGUUAUUGUCAGUUCAAUUCAGCUGUGAGUGAGACGCCCCAGUGUAGCCUUAUAAAUGUGAUGGUGUCACCGCGUUAGCCUCCCAGAAGAGUGGAAUGGAGUGGCUAACCUUGCACCGUCUGUCCUCCUCUCCCUUCCUCCCCUCGCACCAAAUUACCUCCAAAGAUAGCUACCUCAGCCUGACGAGAACGUCUGAGCUAUCAAGGUAAACCAUCUGCCUGCCUUGCUGCUGGUUAAGCAUACCUACCUCGACCAAAAGCUCUGUGCACAUCAGAGCCAAUUUUUUUUUUGUCAUUCGGGCGCUAGUGCCAGUGUCCUGUGCCAUUCAGACAACAAUGUUGAUACUUUUGCCUUCGACCAGCACCAGCCACUCUGUCCCCUGUGUCUCACACUCUAUCAGUUCCACACUUAAACCUUUCCACAAUGCUCAAGCCUUCACUCUGAGCCUUAGGAUGACUCCCUGACUUGGGGCUUUUUUUUGGAUGUGUUGUUAACAGAGAUGCUGCCCCUAAGGUACAAAAUUUCUCUCCUGUCCAGACAGAGUGAAUGUGAGAGAGCUUGCUAUCGAUGUAUGUGACCUCUAUGUUGAUGUUGCGAGACUCUGCAGAGAAGAGACCAGCACAGAGGAGCACAUUCUGCUUUUGGAAUACAACAUACAGUUCAAAACAAGCCUAAAAAUAACACUGGUAGGAAGGAAUAGACUUUGAGAGCACUAUUUCAUCAGCCUGCUGUGGCUGAUGGUGGUGUUCUAGCACUUUCCUAUCAGCACCGCACACAGGAGGAAGGCUAUCAGAGAACCAGCAGUUGUCCUGGAGUUCUGUUAUUGUUUUUAAGUACUUACUAACCAAUGUCCAGGUUUCCUUGGUGACCCUUUUUCAUGAAAGUCUCUGCUGUCAAAAAGCUAGGCACAAAGCUAGUUUCUGUCUUUUUCUGCUUUUAACCUCUCCAAAUACUCAGUGAAAACCAAGUUGAGUGAUAUCCAAAGAUGUUGUAUUGUAAUGGUUUUCGUUGCUUUCUAAAAUCUUUCUAUUCGUCUUUUCCUUCAGUGGACAUUUUAGAUGUCAUGCUUUUUCCUGUUUUAAGGGUAGCCACGAUAUUAAAAACAUUAGUAUAUCAGCUUCCCGUUAACCAAAGCAAAAACAGAAAAACAGAAAACAAAACCCAGUAGAGUUCCUCACAUUUUAGUUCAAGUCUUUCUACGGUUACCUUUAAGACAUGGAAUUCUAUAUAGAACUAGCAUAUAUAACUUAAAAUAAAAUAACUAGUGAAUAAUGCAUAUAUUUUCAUACACUGAUACCAGAAAGUAAUAACUGCUUUUCUCUUUUUACUGACGGAGUUGAUAUUGCCAAAUAACUCUGAUGAUUUACUGUAUAGUGAAAUGUCACCAAAUACCUCAUAUGUACUUUACGUUUUGUAUGAAUUGUUCUCUUUGACUAAGGCACAUAACAUGCUCAGUGCUCUGUUUGGCAUAGUCAUGCUUUUUCACAUGUUGGUAUAUAUGAGCGCUGAAUUGCUGACAGUUCUAAUUACACUGCACAAGGAAGAUACCGCUGUUUUACUGGUUGUGAAUGAACUGUUAGGGUUUCACAUGUGAAAGUUGUCUUUAAUAGAGAAUGAUCUCACAGUUUUAUAUAGUGAGAGUGCAUUGCUUAUGAGAGCAACAAGUAUGAUGCCAAAAUGUGAAAAUGUAAAAAAAACAACAACAAACAACUAAUGUAAAAAAAAAAAAAAAAA